AUGGAGGAAAAUAAUUCUACAAAAAAAGAUGAUGAUGUAUGCAAAGGUGACAAUUUGACUCCAAGAAAAAUUGACAGAUUUUUACGAGAGCCAAAUGAAGAUGAUAGUGAUGUUAAUUUGAGUGGGGAAAGCGAAGUAUUUGACUCUGAUCGUGAUCCGGAAUAUCAUCCAAGUGUGGACAGUGAUUAUAGUGACACUCGAAAACCACGAUUCAGUGGACUAUUUGAAAAACGAUUUGAAAGACAAGGUGAUCAAGACAAUGUAGCAGGACCUUCAAUUACAGCCAGAGAUGACGUGACUAGUGAAGAUAGUGAAUAUGAAAAACUACUAAAAAAGAAAAACUACCGAAAAAGAAAGAAAGCUGUAAAAUGGGCAACUGAAAAAAAGAAAAAUUCAAGCAAGAAGAAAGUUACUGAGAACGAAACUGAACAAGACAAAGAUGAAAUAGACAAAACGGGUGACACUAGCGAGGAAGAAAAUAAAGAGGAAGAGAAUUAUUGUGAAAAAGAUGAAGAUAAUAAUAGCGAUGAUGAUUUUGAUGAAGAUGACGAAGAAGAAAAUUAUCAAGAGUCUCAAACAGAAGGAAAGGGAAAAAAUAAAGAGAAGAAAAGGAAGAGGACUGCAAGGUAG